UCCUGUAGAUUUGCUUUUUGCUGUCUGUGAAGAAAGGUGAAAUUUUUUGAAGAAUUUUCGUUGUUGUUGCUUUCAGUGAAUUAAUCAAUUGUAAAAUGUCGUCGUUCAAGAAUGCAAUUCCUAGACGAGCUCAUAAGGAGCGAGCUCAACCACAAGCAAGGAAAAAAUUCGGGUUGCUUGAGAAACACAAAGAUUAUGUGGUACGGGCGACAGCAUUCCACAAAAAGGAGCAGGCUUUACAGAAACUCAAGGAAAAAGCAGCAUUUCGAAAUCCAGAUGAGUUCUACUUCAAGAUGGUUAAAACAAAAACUGUUGAUGGAGUGCACAAAUUGGAGAGCCAAGCAAAUAAAUACACUCCAGAGGAACUCAUGUUAAUGAAGACUCAGGAUAUAGGCUAUAUUUUGCAGAAAGUUCAGAGUGAGAAAAAGAAAAUCGAGAAGUUAACCGCCAUGCUGCACUCGCUUGAUAAUCAGCCAUCAAACAAACGUGUCUAUUAUGCUGAAGACAGGGAAGAAGCAGAAGAGCUAGCGUCUAAAGCUUCAGAACGUAGUAAUCUGGCUGCUUCUGGGAACUUGCCUAGCAGUAUUAGAAGGAAGACAGCUACAUCUUAUAGAGAGUUGGAAGCAAGAAAGAGCAGAGUGAGAGAUUUAGAGAAAGUAUACAUGGAUAUGACAAUGCAGAAAGAAUUACAGAAAUCAGGAAGGAAACGUAAACUUCGUGAAGAAGAGCUUGUUAACCCAACAACCAAACCUGUCUACAAGUGGAGACAAGAACGUAAACGAUGAGAAUUUCUAUGUUAUAAUACAAGCAUAAGUUUUUUGAAUGGUCAUAUCAAGAACUCAGGUGAAAGUUGGUAGAACAGCUGCCUAGUUGGCUUCAUCACAUAUUGAAGCUCUACAAUAUUACGAGUUGCUUUUGUCGGGGUGAAAUCUUAGAAUGGAACUCAUGCAUCAUUCCCUUCGAGGAAUCAGAAGUGGAUGGCUGUUUUUAUCAUGAACCAUAUUGUUGAACAUGUUAAAAAUUUCUAUAGAAUGUUAAAGAUUAUUUGCAAUUCCAGCUGAUGCUUAAGAGGCUCUGGAUGUGUUGUGUACUGACAAUCAAUUGUUAGAAUGGAAAACAUUUAAACAGUGAAACAAUGACUAUUUAAGUUUCUU